CAGGGCGCAUGCGCGGGUUGUCCAGCACUGAGUGAAGCGGCGCUAGCGCGGGGUGAAACUGCCGUUGACAUUUAAUCACUUGAUGAUGCUUUUUCUGCUCUGAGGUGUGAAAACGUUGCUUAGACUCGAGAUUUAACGGGAACAAGAGCUGCAAUGCUGCGCGCGUGUGUGAAAGGCGCAAACACAGCGGCGCGGAAAUGCCUGUGCGGAAACGUGGUGGUCCACCCCCCGCAGCAGUGCCGUCGCUACACCUCAGCGGGAAACUCUGGGUCCGUUGCUGGGAAGAUUGUAGCUGCCAGUCUUCUGACAGUCGGUGGAGGUGUAGGCGGUACAAUCCUGUAUGCUAAAUGGGACCCUAAAUUCAGGGCCAACAUUGAGAAGAAUGUCCCCUAUUCUGACCAGCUGUUUGAGAUGACGCUCGGACCACCUCCACCACCAGUAGUACCAUUACAAAAGAAACCGCUUAAGCUUGAACCACUGCAGAUAUCUUCAGUGUCCGAAGCAUCGAAAGACUCCAAACAGGCCAAACCGAAAAGCAAAGCUAAAGAAAAGAAGCUUGAAGCAGCACCUGCUGUAGAGGAGACCCCAGCCCAGCCGCAACAGACCUUAGAGGAAGCCUCGGCCGAGGCAGCCCAUAUCAUUUCGGCCAUCAGUGAGGUGCAGUCCGUACCCGCACCGGGCACCCUCGACACACCGACUUCUCCAGCUGCGCACGUGGCAGGAGAAGAAUGUCACGAAUGUGCUCACCACGAGCCUGCUCUGAAAGAGCGCUCUGUGGAGGAAGUCACUGCCCGUUUGGCUCAGCAGGACCAGGCCGAACAGGACACUCUGGGAGCUUUGUCAUCUGGCCUGGAGGAGGCUCUGGGUACCUCUGCCAAGCUCACUGUAAAUGCUAUCGGGGCCCAGGAGGCAGCACUGUCAGCCAUCAGUGCCCACACACAGAUACUCCGAGAGGUCAUGGACUCAGAGGAUUCUGAAGAUAAGCAGUCUGUUGAGCGGAAGGAUCUGGAAGACGCGCUAAGCCAUCGCUCACAUGCUGUGGACCGAGCCAGCCAGGCUCUCCUUCAAGCCAAAGAACAGCUUGAGAAGCUUAGAGUUAUCAUCAGCAGUGCCAAGAAAUCCAAAAUCGAUGCAGCCAGACCCCAGAUCCUGGCUGCUGAGGAAAACUUGCACGACAUGGCCGUGGACUUAGACAAAGCUGUAAACAAAGUGCGGAUGGCCCAGACCGAGGCGAAGAUUGUAUCUCAGUACAGUGAGCUGGUAAAGGAGGCCAAGGCUCAGUUCCAGAAGGAGCUGAGCAACAUUACACCUGAAGUACAGUCCAACUGGAAGGGUCUUGCAGGGAAGCUGAGCCCUGACGAUCUGAACUCUCUGAUUGCUCACGCUCACCGCCGGAUCGACCAGCUGAACCGCGAACUAGCAGAGCAGCGGGUGCGCGAGCAAAUAAGCAUCGAGACGGCACUCGAGCAGCAGAAGCAGGAGAACCAGACGGCCGUGAAGAGGGCAGUGACCACUGCACUCGACCACAACCAGGAGCAGAUUAGACUCGAACAGGAGAAGAAGGUGCAGGAGAUACGGGAUGUAAUGGAGGUGGAGAUGAGGACUCAGCUGCGUAGACAGGCGGCCGCACAUACUGACCACCUCCGUGACGUACUUAAAGUGCAGGAACAGGAGCUGAAGGAGGAGGCCCAGGAGGCUCUGAACGGUGAGCUGCAGGAGCAGGAAACGCGCUUCCGCCGCCUGGCCCAGGAGCAGCUGGACUCCUUCACCCUGGACAUGAACUCUGCCUAUGGCAGACUCAAAGGCAUUGAGGACGCUAUAGACAGUCACGCGACUGCAGAGGAGGAGGCCCGUAAAUCUCACCAGCUGUGGUUAUCGGUGGAGGCUCUGAAUCACGCCAUGAAGACCGCCGCCGCCGAUUCUCCCACCGAGCCUCUAGAAGGCGCCGUGCUGGCCGUCAAACAGAGCUGCGCUCACGACGAGUUCGCCCAGGCCCUGUCCUCGGCCAUACCCGAAGAGUCGCUGAAGCGCGGCGUCUACAGCGAGGCCUCGCUACGCGCGCGCUUCUACGAGAUCCGCCGGCUGGCGCGCCGCGUGGCGCUGAUCGACGGGUCGCGCGACAGCCUGUACCAGUACUUCCUGUCCUAUCUGCAGUCCGUCCUUCUUCUCGAGAAGGAGCAGGCGGUGCCGCCUGGCAAGCUGGCCGCGGAAGACCUCGACGCGUUCAAGCUGCUGGCCUACGCCACGUACAGCGUGGAGCGGGGAGACCUCGAGCUGGCCGCGAAGUUCGUGAACCAGUUGCGGGGCGCGGCGCGUCGCGUGGCUCAGGACUGGCUCACGGAGGCCCGGCUCACUCUGGAGACCAGACAGGUGGUCGGUCUGCUGUCGGCGUACGCCAACGCCGUAGGUUUAGGCACCACGCAGGCUUCCUAAGACCCGCCGCGGCAUUAAAAUCUAAAUUAAUAAUAACUUAGGAGGACUGAUGCCCAUCUGAUGCCCGUCUGCUGCUAACAGCAAGCUGCCGCUCCUGAUUAAUUUAUACAUCGUGGCAUAUCGGCCGUGUUUGGUUUCUUUUCUUUAUAUUUGUUUAAAGCACUUUCGAAAGCAGCUUUCGCUCACAGAAUUAUGGCCUUCCAUCCGAACACGCUGUCCUGAACGUCUGUGCACGACUCCCAGUUAGAGAUCUCUCAAAGGUCACUGUUGGCAAGGCGCUCAACACCCCGCGGUUUAAUUUUGUGAGGGUGUUUAGCAGGCAGAAGGUCCUCUGGGUCACUGCUGCUGUUGAUGUUAGCUCCGUUCAUCAUCUAGAAAGGUGUCGUUUCAGGUUCGAAUCCAAAAUGUUUAUUAAGCAAAAUGUUUGAAAUGAUUCAGAUCUAUUUUGUCAUGCUAUGAUCCUCCGCAUAAAUACUGGAUAUCAAUAAAUCAUGGAUGUUGA